GCAGCAAUAGGUUCAGGCGAUGGUACCAUUGACCGAAAGUCUUAUCAAUUACCACCCGGUGCUGCAGGCCUUGCCGUUCGAACUGCGAUUCGCGAUGCCAGUGAAGGUGCUGAUAUCAUUAUGAUUAAGCCGGGAAUAACCUACUUAGAUGUCAUCGCAAGCGUUCGGCGCGAGCUGCCGUUCCAUCCGAUUGCUGUUUACCAUGUAUCUGGCGAGUAUGCUAUGUUGAUGGCUGCUGCGAAUGCUGGCUGUGUUGACUUGAAGUCAGCUGCACUUGAAAUCAUCCUCUCGUUCCGCCGUGCAGGUAUGUCAGGCGACCUUAUUUCUCUACUCAGGCGUGUCUAUUUUGUGAUGUGA